AUGGAUUUUAAACCCUUAACUAAAUCACAGCCCGUAAGCCAAGAUAAACUUGAAGUAUCAAAAAUAAUAUGUGGUACUUCACUAUUCGGUGGAUUUUUUGAUGAAGUUGGAAAAAGUUCACCUUUCGAGGCUGUAUCAAGAGCACUUGAGCUAGGUAUAAACGCAUUUGACACAAGUCCUUAUUAUGGAGAUAGUGAAAAGAUGCUCGGCUCUGCUCUUUCAUCACUCCAUGAUAAAUAUCCCCGUUCUCAUUAUUAUCUUCUUACAAAAGUUGGAAGAUAUGGUUCAACUAAAAAAGGCUUUGAUUAUUCUCCGAAAUGUGCUCGCGAAAGUGUUGAGGAAAGUUGUAGACGAUUAAAAACUGAUUAUAUUGAUGUCGUGUAUGCUCAUGAUGUAGAGUAUGUAGACAUUGAUGAAGUUGUUGGUAAUAACGGAGUUUUGAUGGAGUUGUUCAAGUUAAAGAAAGAAGGAAAAAUUAAAUAUGUUGGGAUUUCUGGAUAUCCGUUAGACAUACUUAUUAAAAUAGCAACGAUCCAAUAUGAGCACAAUCAGCCACUUGACAUUAUACAGUCCUAUUCUCACUACUGUCUUCAAAAUACACUUCUCACAAACUACAUUUCUAAGUUUAAAAAUCUCGGCGUAAAAUAUUUAAUGAAUGCUUCUCCUUUAUGUAUGGCCCUAUUUACUGAAAGUGCACCACCAGAAUGGCAUCCGGCACCUGCAAAAUUAAUAUCUGUCGGUUCUAAAUGUGCAUCGUAUGCAAAAGAGAAUGGAUUUAACAUCUCUAAAUUGGCCAUACAGUUUUCAUUGGAAUGGGAUGGCGCGGAUAGUACUGUUAUUGGGCUGGCAAAUAGGAAACAAGUUGAAGAAGCUGUUGCGUGGUCUAAUGAAGUUUUGGCCAGAAAAAGGGAUGAAAAGAACGUUGAACGGAUUAUUGUUCAAGAGAUUCAGAAAAUUAUAGGAGAUUGGCUAAAUUGGUGUUGGGAUUCUCCUCCAGCAAAUUACUUCUCGACCCCCUAA